AUGUUCUGUGAGGUGCUGCGGGGCCCGGUUCCACACAGAGUGCUGCCUUUUCUGGCAGCUGUGCUUUUCCAAAGAAAGGAGAGAAGAGAGACUGGAUUUUAUCACUGGCGGUGGGAGAAGCACCCUUACUACAACCUAACUGUAAAAGUCCUCCGAGCCAGAAACAUCAAGGGUACAGAUCUGUUGUCAAAAGCAGACUGCUAUGUGGAACUGAAAUUGCCCACUGCAUCUCCUAUGGUCUACCGAACUCAGGUUGUUGACAACUCUGAUAACCCAGAGUGGAAUGAAACCUUCCAGUAUCGAAUCCAUAGUGCUGUCAAGAACAUUCUGGAAUUGACACUCUAUGACAAGGAUGUCCUAGUCAGUGAUGAGCUCACUUCCAUCGUCUUCGAUGUAGGAGGCAUGAAGCCAGGUCAGCCCCUGCUGCGCACUUUCAAGUUGAACCCCGAGGAUAAUGAAGAGCUGGAUGUAGAGUUCUGCUUGGAGAAAUGCUCAGAUACCCCUACAGAGGUAUUGACCAAUGGAGUGCUUGUGGUUCAUCCUUGUUUGUCUCUGCAAGGCACCGUCAACAAAGAAGAAAAAACGAAGGAGAAACAGCAAGGUAGCUGCGAGGUCAAGCUAUCUGUUCCAGGGGCGUAUCAGAAGCAGCUGCGUAUUCCUUGGAGACCAGAUAAUGAGAAGGAUUAUGGAACCUCCUUUGUUUUUCACAUGGACAAAGAAAUGCAUCCAGAACUGCAAGUGGAGUUGGAGCAAACCAUAUCUGUCCUACAGGAUGGGAUGAACCCUGAUAUUGAAAAGCAUACUACAGUUCUGGGACAGGGGACUGUACCAGUUAAUUCCCUUCCUGUUGGACAAAAAGUUGAUAGAGUUGUUUCUCUGGGAGAGGGACAAAGUUUGGAUAUGAGUUUGAAAGCUGAAGAGAGCACUUGGGAUCUAGAUAUACGUCUGGGUUUUGACCUCUGUAAAGAGGAGAGAGAAUUUGUGGACAAAAGGAAGAAAAUAGUUUCUGAGGCGUUGAAGAAGACUCUUAAUUUAAAGGAAUCCCCUCGGAAAGAUGAGGUUCCAGUUGUAGCAGUACUGGGGUCUGGAGGUGGGAUGAGAGCACUGACUUCAUUCUACGGCAGCCUAGCUGGGCUUCAGCGGCUGGGCCUUCUGGAUGCUGCACUGUAUCUGAGUGGGAUUUCUGGCUCUACUUGCAUUUUCAGGUGUUUAUCGACAUUGUAUCAAGACCCUCACUGGUCACAGAAAGAUCUUCAAGAUGCAAUCAGCAGAGCUCAGGGUACUGUGUCCAGCAGCAAAGGAGGGGCAUUUUCCCCAGAACGACUGAAAUACUAUUUCCAGGAGUUGAAUUCAAUGGAAAGUAGUGGACGGAAAGUUUCCUUCACAGAUUUGUGGGGCCUUAUUGUAGAGUAUUUCCUACAACAGAAGGAAGAUCCAUCAAAGCUGUCUGAUCAGCAAGAAGCAGUGAAAUGGGCCCAGAACCCUUAUCCUAUCUAUGCAGCUGUCAAUGUGAGACCCAAUAUUAGUAGUGGUGACUUUGCAGAAUGGUGUGAGUUUACUCCCUAUGAAGUUGGGUUUCGCAAAUAUGGAGCUUUUGUCCGAACAGAGGACUUCGACAGUGAAUUCUUCAUGGGAAGGCUCAUCCGGAAACGUCCAGAGCCUAGAAUUUGUUUUCUACAAGGAAUGUGGGGUAGUGCCUUUGCUGCAAGCUUGGAUGAUAUCUGCUUGAAAGUAGUUGGAACAGGAUUGAGCUUUCUAGAGCCUUUCAAAGAUGUUAUCAAAGUUAUAGAUGACUGUCGAAGAUCUCAUUUCCGAGAUCCAACACGACUGAAGACUCGCUUGGUUAUACCUGGGGGCCCCUUGUUGCAAAUUUUCCAGGAUUUCUUCAAGUCCCGGGUCACGUGUGGAGAGACUUUCAACUUCAUGCAGGGAUUGUAUCUUCAUAAAGAUUAUGUUAAAGUCAAGAAAUUUGUGGUUUGGAAAGGCACUCAUCUGGAUGCGUUUCCUAACCAGCUGACCCCCAUGGAAGAGAGCUUGUAUUUAGUGGAUGGAGGCUUUUCUAUCAACUCUCCCUUUCCAUUGGUACUUCAGCCAGAGAGAGAUGUGGAUGUUAUUUUGUCGUUCAAUUUUUCCUGGGAAGCUCCGUUUGAGGUUUUAGAGUUGGCUCAAAAAUACUGUGAGGAGCGGGAGAUUCCUUUUCCAAAAAUCAAAUUGAGUGAUGAAGAUGAAAAGAAGCCAAAAGAGUGCUACAUGUUUGUGGAUAACAAUAAUCCAAAGGCUCCCAUUGUGCUCCAUUUCCCAUUAGUGAAUGACACCUUCCGGAAAUACAAAGCUCCGGGCAUUAAACGCAAGUCAGAAGAUGAGAAAUCCUUUGGUGAUUUUGUCAUUGAGACAAAAGAUUCUCCUUACCGUACACUAAAUUUCACCCUUGAGCCAUAUGAUUUCCACAGAUUAGUGGAAGUGAAUCGCUACAAUGUUCUGAACAACAAGGACACUCUCUUCAAAACCCUGAACUUGGCUCUGCAAAGGAGAAAGCGGAAGAAUGUAAUCAAUAUAUCCAAUACAUGAGUAGCUUCCAUAAGUGAGGAUAAAGGCAGGCUGCAGUGUACCAAAACCAUGUGGUUCAAGCCUGAAAGCUGAAAACUGAUAGCUGGAAACUGUCUUCUUGGGAAGGGAGCAACACAUGUGACAUUGAAAAUCCAUUCAAGAUAUCAGAUGGUCGUAGAAAAACCCAAGAGAUAGUAACAUCAGUGUUGUACUGUUAUGUUAAAUAGAAAAAAGAGGGUUGUGUGUGAAUGUGGAAAAGGAGGAAAUUAUUUAGCCCGGUAUCUCAUCUAACGGCAGCUGAUGACUAGAGAGAAGUAUGCAAAGAGUGCAAGCAUCUGGAGAUAAUCUCACAAACUCCAAUGAUUUGUGGAUAAAGAAUCUCUUGUCCAAGAUGUUGGUAGUUAUGAAGAAACACUGAUUUCUUCCAUGUCUUUAUCUGUCUUGCUUUUUGAACCUCCAUGAGGUUUUACCAUUUACCUCAUCUGGCAUAGAAUUCAAUGGAUUGUAACCAUGCACUGAGAGAGAAAAUGUCCUUUUGCUUUCAACUUGCUACUGGCUGUUGUCCAUAUAUUUAUAAGACUGAACAGUUAAUAGCAGUUAACCAUUUUUGCUAUUCAUGGCUUUUAAGAUAUCUGGUAUUUCCUUCUUACCUGUCUCAAGAAUUAGUAAUGGCCUUCAGUGUCCCAAAAGUUCAAUGCAGAGUAACUUAGCUUGGUAAACAUGUUUUUUUGAGGAAAUAGUAGUUCUUUUUUUUUAUGUAUUUAAGAAUUGAAGACACAUCAUGUGAUUGUGCUGCUUCUUCCUGUAGUUUGAUCAUCACAAGCUGAUGAAAUUUAAAAAUAAAUAAAUCUACAAGUUUAAUCUUUGUCUUUCUGCGUAAGAGGAAAGAAGACUCCUUGGAGGAAUCUGAAAUAGAUUUUUUAUUUUAAACCUUGGGCUUGCAAUUCAGACAGACCUUUGUUCAAGGAAUUAAUUUGUGUGUUUGCAUGUUAUCGGAACAUUGAUGUUCAAGGUAGGAAGACCUUAUAAAUGUUAAUAAAUAACGUCAGAUGCUGCUGUGCUGUGAUUUGGAAUUUACCUCACUUUGCAGAAAGCUCGGAGAAAAGGACUGAAUUUUGCGGUUGGAACAUACCUAAUACAAAAGCCUCUCAAAGAAGUAUUGUUUACUUUUGUGGCUUUUAUAUUGAACUGGAUGUACUGAUUCUGUAUUUGAAAAUUGGAGAGAGG